AUGUAAACAUGUCAACUUUGUUUAAAAAAUACAGCUUUAAUUUAGUUGAUUUGCUCUCAUCAUAUCUGUCUCAAAUGCACAAAUAAAAAUAAGUAAUUAUAAUAAAGGUAUUUGUUUAUCAUAUAUGUAUCAAAAAGCCAAUUAUAAAACAAAUAUUGGAUUCAAUGUUCAAAAUGUUAAAAGAAAACAUUUAGUUAUGACUUCUCGAAUCUUUUAAUUGAAUCUCAUGAAUUGAGUUUACUGACUGAUAGAAGUCAACAUCAAUUUUAAUUGAAUGAAGUAAAAUUUUAUUUUAAUAUCAACUUUUCAACACUUUAGAGUUAACUUAUUAUUGAACCACAAAUCUUCUAACGUCGUAGAUCCAUGAAUGCUAUUGAUUUAUUCACUAAAAAUACAUCACCAAUUAGAAAAGAAAAGUCAAAAAAUCAAACUUAAAAAUUAAAACAAUCUAUCAUUAAUGUUAAUAAAUAAAAUGUUCUUAAAUCAAGUACCUAACUCAAAAAUACCUCAAAUAAAAAGCCAACCCAUAAGAGAUGCUAAACUGGUAUUGUAGAAAAUAAAUAAGGUAUUUUAAACAUAAAAUAUCUUAGUCUUGAAUAGUAUGUUAAACUUCAAAAAAUUAACAAAAUAGAAAACUAGUCCUAUCUAAAAAUGUAGUUCUAUAUUCGAUUAUUUAUUGAGUCUAUCAUAUCAACAUACAAAAGCAUCGGAUAGAAAACAGUUUAGUCUCGCUAAUUCCUCGAAAAUUGACAACAAAAAAAAUAUUAAAAGUAGAUGUCAUAGUCAAAUAUCAAUCAAAUAAAAAAUUAAAAAUUGA